AUGAUGUUGAAACAUUGCUUAACUUUUCCUAAGCCUGUUCUUAAAAGUAGCUUGAUAAGAGGUUUUGCUACUGCUACAGUAUCGCAUAAGGUGACGUUAAUCCCUGGUGAUGGUGUUGGAGAAGAACUCUCUGAGUCUGUCAAGUCUGUCUUCACAGCUGCCAAUGUACCAGUUGAAUGGGAACAAUUUAACCUCUCUGGUCAUACUCCAGACUAUGAUGGCUUAUUGCAAGAAGCACUGGCUUCCCUGCGCCGUAACAAGGUUGGCUUGAAAGGGAUUUUAUAUACACCCAUUUCAAAGCUCGGUCAUGCCUCUAUCAAUGUCUCCUUGAGAAAGGAUUUGGAUAUCUAUGCCUCCAUCUCACUUGUUAAGAACAUGCCUGGUGUUAAAUCGCGAUUUAGUAAUGUUGAUCUUGCCAUCAUUCGUGAAAAUACAGAAGGUGAAUACUCUGGAUUGGAGCAUCAGUCUCAUCCAGGCGUGGUUGAGUCCUUGAAGAUCGUGACUCGCCGCAAAACAGAACGUAUCGCUCGCUUUGCCUUUGAUUUUGCUUUAAAAAACAACCGCAAGAAGGUAACUGUUGUACACAAAGCAAAUAUCAUGAAAUUGGGUGAUGGAUUAUUCUUGAAGACGGUCAAAGAUAUUUGGGAAAAGGAAUAUGCCGAAACGGGUAUUGCUUUAAAUGAUAUGAUUGUAGACAAUGCAUCUAUGCAGCUCGUCUCUCGUCCACAGCAAUUUGAUGUUGUUGUUUUGCCUAAUCUUUAUGGAAAUAUCUUGUCUAAUGUAGGUGCUGGUUUGGUUGGUGGACCCGGUCUUAUUCCUGGUACAAGUAUUGGAAGAGAAUAUGCUGUUUUUGAACCUGGCUGUCGCCAUGUCGGACAAGAUAUUGGAGGAAGUAAUGUUGCAAAUCCUACUGCCAUGAUUCUCAGUUCAGUGAUGAUGCUCAGACACUUGGGUUUACUUGAACAAGCCAAUCGUAUCUCCAAUGCAGUUUACAAUACUAUUCAACAAGGCAAAGUGUUGACGCGUGAUAUGGGUGGUAAUGCUAGCACAAGUCAAUUUACAGAUGCUGUCAUUUCAUCCUUGUAA